UAUUUCGUAGUCUGAAUAAGUCAUUAUUCUAUAAUAAGGCAAAUCAAUAUCUUUGUAUUGUGAAGUAAACAAGUGUUAUUAUGGCGAGGAUGGAGCUUCCGGUCGUAGAAAAGUUUUGUUUCAUUUUCCAAUUGAAAACUGGAUGUAUGGCUAUAGGAGUUAUAAGCUCGCUGGUAACGUUCGUCCAAGCGGUGAUACUGAUAACAUUUGCUGUGGACAUCAAUGAAGCGUCAGAUACUAAGGGAGAUGAGAAAGAUAAUAUGUCUUCCGUCGUCUAUACUAUUGUUAUUCUUCUUCUUAUUCUGCUCUUCAUCAAGUUUCUGCUGGACCUGAUAUUUGUGUAUGCAGUAUACAAGGAAAAGAGUAGUAUAAUCAAAAAGUACUACAUCUUUUGGAUCGUAUUCUUGGUACUGUUCAUCAUAAGCUUCCUGAAGACCUUGUUCCAUAUGGGUGCUGGACACGUCAUCACGCAGCUUUUCUUUUUGGCCGCAAAUUUCUACUUCCUUGUUAUAAUUCGGAGUUACUGUCUGUCGAUCAACGAGGAUGGCGUUCAUUAAAUUAUCUUACACGAAAAAUAAAGAAAGAGGUUUCAGGUAUUAAAUUAUAAUUAAGAACCAAUGAAUACAAUGUAAUACAGCAAAAUGAUUGUUUAAAAAAAAUUAAAUUUAAAGUUACAUUGGACUAUAUAGUAUAGAACA